CUGUCUCAGUUUGCCCCCGAUCGCCGUCUCGGAGAGGAAGCUUCUGCGGACGAGUCUCCCAUUUUGCAGGCAAUGUUCAAACGAGACGCGGUGAUCAAGCUGCGGCUGGUUAGCCGCAAGUCAGGCUAGUACGGCUAACCCCCUAUCCGGGGUACAGACACUGACAUUGGGCGUCUCGUCUUCCAGCCCAGUUGUCUUAUCAGCCGGGAUGCUGCAAAAUCUCCGAUGCACCUUCCUCGUUUGCUUUCCCUCCUUCGCCCUCCCUGAUCUGACUGCAUGGUGAUCUUCCGAGUCUCUGAGUUCUCCGUUGCCAUGAAGGGCCAGGAAGACUCAGCUCUCCGAGGGAAAUGGCUGGUUUUGUAAAGACCCUGCCCCGCGACCUGCUGCCACAUGACUCCAGCUGCCUCUGACGGCCCUGUCGCCUUUUUUAUGGGCGCUGCUACUUUGUGCACACUCGUGAGGAUUUAAGCUUUUCCAGGAGACUUUUCUUUUUCUUUUUUUUCCCACCCCCACUGGUAACUCGAAGCUUUGCAUUAGCGUGAGGAGCUAGCAAGACAAUGGCGAACAACUCGUACAGCGGGGUGAAGAACUCCAUAGUGGAGGCUAACCAUGAUGGAGAGUUUGGCUGCACACUCAAAGAACUGCGCUCCCUCAUGGAACUGCGAGGCACAGAGGGGCUAAACAAAAUUGGGGAGUCAUAUGGGGACGUUCAAGGAUUCUGCAGCCGGUUAAAAACCUCACCCACAGAUGGUCUAAGUGGGCAGCCUGCAGACAUCGAGAAGCGGAAAACAGUGUUUGGGCAAAAUUUUAUACCGCCCAAAAAGCCCAAAACGUUCUUGCAAUUAGUGUGGGAGGCGCUGCAGGAUGUCACCCUGAUUAUCCUUGAAGUGGCAGCCAUAGUUUCACUUGGCCUUUCUUUUUAUAGACCUCAAGAUGUUGAAAGAGAAGACUGUGGGAAGGCUGCUGGCGGCGGGGAGGAUGAAAACGAGUCAGAGGCAGGCUGGAUCGAGGGCGCCGCCAUCCUGCUCUCGGUCAUCUGCGUGGUGCUGGUGACGGCGUUCAACGACUGGAGUAAAGAGAAGCAGUUCCGUGGCCUCCAGAGCCGCAUCGAGCAGGAGCAGAAGUUCACGGUCGUCCGUGGGGGGCAAGUUAUCCAAAUUCCCGUGGCCGAGAUAGUCGUGGGCGACAUUGCACAAGUCAAAUACGGUGACCUUUUGCCCGCUGAUGGCGUCCUCAUCCAGGGCAACGAUUUGAAGAUUGACGAGAGCUCGCUCACGGGAGAGUCGGACCACGUCAAGAAAACGCAAGAAAAAGACAUAAUGCUUUUAUCAGGCACCCACGUGAUGGAGGGCUCGGGGAAAAUGGUGGUCACGGCGGUAGGCGUCAACUCCCAAACUGGAAUUAUUUUCACGUUACUCGGGGGUGGCGAGGACGACGACGACGAGGAGGAGGAAAAGAAGAAGGAGAAGGAGGAGAAGAAGAAGCAGAGGAAAAACAAAAAGCAGGAUGGGUCCAUUGAAAAUCGUAAGAAAGCUAAAGCGCAGGAUGGCGCUGCGAUGGAGAUGCAGCCUCUAAACAGUGAUGAGGGAGCGGAUGCAGAGGAGAAGAAGAAAGCCAACCUGCCAAAGAAAGAGAAAUCUGUUCUCCAGGGCAAGCUGACCAAACUCGCUGUACAGAUCGGCAAAGCAGGAUUGGUGAUGUCAGCCAUUACCGUCAUCAUCCUGGUGGUGCUCUUUGUGGUCGACACCUUCUGGAUCCAAAACCUGCCCUGGGUCAAGGCCUGCACGCCCAUCUACAUUCAGUUUUUUGUGAAAUUCUUCAUCAUUGGCGUCACCGUGUUGGUGGUGGCUGUUCCUGAGGGCCUCCCGCUUGCCGUGACCAUCUCUCUGGCAUACUCUGUCAAGAAAAUGAUGAAAGACAACAACCUGGUGCGCCACUUGGAUGCCUGCGAGACCAUGGGCAACGCCACAGCCAUCUGCUCUGACAAGACUGGAACACUCACCAUGAACCGCAUGACCGUGGUGCAGGCCUACGUGGCCGACAAGCACUAUAGGAAAGUCCCCGAACCGGAGAACAUCCCCACCUCCAUUUUAGACUUUCUGAUUGUGGGGAUAGCCGUCAACUGCGCCUACACUACUAAGAUCAUGCCUCCAGAGAAAGAAGGGGGCCUGCCUCGACAAGUGGGUAACAAGACCGAAUGUGCCUUGCUUGGAUUUUCUACCGACCUCAAGCGCGACUACCAGACCAUUCGCAAUGAGAUCCCGGAGGAGAAACUGUACAAGGUCUACACCUUCAACUCCGUCCGCAAGUCUAUGAGUACUGUGCUGAAGAUGGCCGACGGCAGCUACCGCAUGUUCAGCAAGGGCGCUUCGGAAAUCCUCCUGAAAAAGUGCUAUAAAAUCCUCACAGCGACUGGCGAGUCAAGGGUGUUUCGCCCUCGAGAUCGAGAAGACAUGGUGAAGAAAGUGAUCGAGCCCAUGGCCUCUGAAGGCCUGAGGACCAUCUGCCUUGCAUACAGAGAUUUCACCACCGCCGACGGCGAGCCAGACUGGGACAACGAAAGCGACAUCCUCACCAGGCUCACUUGCAUUUGCGUGGUGGGAAUCGAAGACCCCGUGAGGCCGGAGGUGCCGGACGCUAUCAGGAAAUGCCAGCGUGCAGGCAUCACCGUGCGCAUGGUGACUGGAGACAACAUCAACACAGCUCGAGCCAUCGCCACCAAGUGCGGCAUCCUGCAGCCUGGAGACGACUUCCUCUGCUUGGAGGGCAAAGAGUUCAACCGACGGAUACGUAACGAAAAAGGAGAGAUCGAACAAGAACGCAUCGACAAGAUCUGGCCCAAGCUGCGGGUGUUGGCGCGGUCUUCCCCCACUGACAAGCACACCCUCGUCAAAGGCAUUAUUGACAGCACCGUGGCCGAACAAAGGCAAGUUGUUGCCGUGACGGGGGACGGCACCAACGAUGGUCCCGCCUUGAAGAAAGCCGACGUCGGCUUUGCAAUGGGUAUCGCCGGCACAGAUGUGGCCAAGGAGGCGUCGGACAUCAUUCUGACAGACGACAACUUCUCAAGCAUCGUCAAAGCCGUCAUGUGGGGACGCAACGUGUACGACAGCAUCUCCAAGUUCCUGCAGUUUCAGCUCACGGUCAACGUGGUGGCUGUCAUUGUAGCGUUCAGUGGCGCCUGCAUCACACAGGACUCUCCGCUGAAAGCGGUGCAGAUGUUGUGGGUCAACCUCAUCAUGGACACCUUCGCCUCGCUCGCUCUGGCCACAGAGCCGCCCACAGAAGCCCUGCUGCUCAGGAAGCCGUACGGCCGCAACAAGCCUCUCAUCUCCCGCACCAUGAUGAAGAACAUUCUGGGCCAGGGCGUGUACCAGCUGAUCAUCAUCUUCACGCUGCUCUUUGCUGGCGAAAAGAUGUUUGACAUUGACUGCGGCAGGAACGCCCCCCUGCGAGCCCCUCCCUCCGAGCACUACACCAUCGUCUUCAACACCUUCGUCCUGAUGCAGCUUUUUAACGAGAUCAACGCCCGCAAGAUCCACGGAGAAAGGAAUGUCUUUGACGGCAUCUUCAACAACCCCAUCUUCUGCACCAUUGUCUUUGGCACCUUCAUCAUUCAGAUCGUCAUCGUGCAGUUUGGAGGCAAGCCGUUCAGCUGCGUGGCCCUCAACAUUGACCAGUGGCUCUGGUGCACCUUCUUGGGCUUUGGCUCUCUGCUGUGGGGGCAGGUCAUCUCCUCCAUACCCACCAGCCGCCUAAAGUUCCUGAAAACGGCGGGCCACGGCACCCAGAAGGAGGAGAUCCCUGACGAGGAGCUGGAGGAGCUGGAGGACAUGGAUGAGAUCGACCACGCCGAGCGGGAGCUCCGUCGCGGCCAGAUCCUCUGGUUCCGUGGCCUCAACCGUAUCCAGACUCAGAUGGAUGUAGUGAGUGCGUUCCAGAGCGGAACUUCCUUUCAGGGGGCUCUGAGGCGGCAGGCCUCCAACUCCAGCCAACAACAGCACGAUAUCCGGGUGGUGAAUGCAUUCCGCAGCUCCAUCUCCCUCUAUGAGGGCCUGGAGAAGCCCGAGUCGCGGAGCUCUAUCCACAACUUCAUGACCCACCCGGAGUUUCGGAUAGAGGACUCGGAGCCCCAUAUUCCUCUCAUAGACGACACGGACGCUGAGGACGACGCCCCCACCAAGCGCAACUCGGCCAGUCCUCGCAACACCACGCCCACGCCGCCCUCGCCGGCCUCUGCCUCCCCUGUCCCCGUCGUCGCCGUGGCGCCGCUGUCACCCUCCCCGAACCAGAACAAUAACGCUGUGGAGAGCAGAAACCACCUCCUCCCCGAGGGCACCAAAGCAGGCGGCACCUCCGUGCCCGGCAGCCCCCUACACAGCCUGGAGACCUCCCUUUGAUCAGAAAGCACGCCCACCUCUCCUGCAAGGCACCUUACCACUUUUCUACACGGGGGACAGUAAGCUUGGGGGUGGGGCUGUGCCGGGCUGUGGCCGGACUAACUUUGGGAGGAAUGUAACGGCUUGUGUGGAUGCUUUGUUCUUCUCUUCGGUUCUCCUUAACACCGCCUCCGCGCCAGGACUCUGCCCCCUGCCGCCCCCACCUCUCCCCGCCGCCCCCUUGGCUUUGGUUUGUCUGGCUCAACAAGGUGUGAUUAUAAACUCUUGAUUGAAAGUGACCUGUUUUUCUUCUUAUUCUGAAUAUAAUGAUUUGAAUUGCGAAGAAGAGGAGGCGGUCCUCCCGGCUUGAACACGACGGAACCUUUUAGCUUCUCUUGAAUCUCAGUGGUGUUGUAUAUUUAGCUCUUUGGCCCCCGCUCACACACAACUCGUUUCUGCUCCAUUUGGCUGUUAAUAUUUUGACUUAUUUAUGUUUCAUGGAGGAAAAAAAGCAGGUCUGUUUACAAAGUUUGUAGAUACUUUUUUUUCUGUUUGUAGGCAAAAGAGCUUCCUGAUGUAUGAUGCAGAAACUGGGACGGAGUUUAAAAAAAAAAGUGAAUGAGGGGGUUAUUUCCGAUACUGCUGUAUUUUCAGGAAAAAAAGGGUGUUUCUAUUGAAACUUAAGUAUUUUUGCCUGCAAGUUUUAUUUGUUAUAUAUUUGUAGAUAAAUAUAGAAAGUUCUAGCCAAACCAAUAAACACUAAGUCUUGUACAGAGAGGAGGUCCACCGGCCUGAUGAGUCGGAACCACACGUUUGGGGCCUCGAUGUCGCUAUGAAUAUUUACUCUCGUUUCCAUGUGCACAAAACCUUCCGGAAAAACCCUCUUUUUCAUUCAUUUAUUCAUUCAUUCUUUUUGUGUUCAAAGAUUUCCAUGUGUUGAAAGCUUCUCAAAAAAGGGAAUCCUGGGGGGGCUGGCAUAUUUAGCAAGCAUCGCCUCUUCCACAACUGGACAAAAAGGGAAGGUUUAUGCACAUUCUGGCUUGUUUCAAUGUCAUUUUUGCACACGAGUGGCUAAGUUAUUUAUUCAAUCAGACAAAACGUGAAUGUGCCUUGGCUUUAGUAAACGUUGAAGCUUCGGUCCAGUCGCUUUAUUACCUGACGAAACCCUGCAGAUGCUUGCUAAAUAUGAAGCCCUGCUCAGUUGUAUGUAUUUUCAUUGACUUAGUUCCUCAGCCCCCCCAUUGGAGAACAUUUGUUCAUAGAUUUAACGCGGGAUGCUUGUGUAUUCCAUGCUACAUAUACUCCUGCACACACACCGGGACACCGGCACGUUUUUGGACACCUGAUGUACUGGAAACACACACAAAAAAAAUUGGACGUGCUUUUUUUUUUUUGAAGAAGAAGAAGAAUAAAGACGAGGCAUACACUGGUAUCUAUCUGCACAGGGUACUUUAUUUCCUAGCAAGAGUUUUGAUACAGUUCAUUGAAGACAAAUUUGUAUUUUUAUGAAGCUGAUGAGACCUUUCAUCGUACUCACAGUUUUUUGCAGGAUUUGACACAGCGGGGAGGGUUUUGGCCACUAAAGUAAAUGUGUUGUUCUGGAACAUUCAUCUCAGGGUGCAAAUAAGCGUGAGGGAGAGAGAAGAGGCCUCGUUGUUUUGUUUUCAGUUUUUUAUUACCACGUUUGGUUGGUUUGGUGGCUGCACGUUCUUACCGCAGCCCCUCCUGGCGGUCUUCACCUUGAGGCCCGUGGAUGUGGAAGAGCCCCCGUGUUGGACUGAGAGGAGCUCGUCUGUUUGUUUGAUGCUUAAUGACAAAAAUAGCAGCUGGGCUUGUGAAGAAAUGUCUGAAAUACGAGUGGAAUCCAUACGAGGAGUUUGUUCUGUAGCUUCAUCCUGUAAGGGGAAUGAAUGUUUUUUUCCAUCUGUUUUAUGGAUUUUUUUUUUAAUCUUUUAACAUUUGGAAAUAAAAGUACUUCAUGUCUGUUUAUCUUGAGCAUUUUAAAUGGAUAUCGUGAUUGGAUUUACAUUUGAAACCUGUCGAGUAAUGUGUAUGGUUUUUAAAAAUAAAACAUGUAUUUAGCCUACGUGCGGGGCCCGCUCUUCAUUUAAGAA